GCCCUCGCUGCCCGGGAGGGGGAAUCUGAUUAAAGGGCCGUGACGUCAGCCAGGAAUUCCUCUUAUACGCGGCGACUGUCAGCUUGAAUCUCACACCAAGUCGCAACUGCCAUUCGCUCGCUAUUAAGUUUCACCCGAUCUCCGCUGUUUCAAUAACCCUAUGAAAUCGCUUUGCCUCGGUCAUUUGGAGACACAGCAGAGGGGCAGCGCAAGGAGCCUGGGGCUUAACGAUGUACCGGGACAUAGAGGAGUCAGUGCGGGGAAUAGCGGGCAGAGACCAGAUUUAAACGAGAAGGGCACAUCGCACCAAUCAGAGAUCGGAUACCUGUUUUAUGCCAUGAUCUGUCUGCUCUGAACGCAGGAUCCAAUCGUUUGUAGAGAGAUUAGAGCCCUUACCCUGGUGCCAGUCUGCAGGGAAGAAACUUAAGCGGGUGGCCCUUUUGUAGGCAUCAUGGUACCGGCCAGCAGCCUGGAAGAGCUCAGCGGGAAUGGGUCGGACUGCAGCGAAGAGGUGGAAAUCACAGUGAAUGUUGGAGGGAUAAGACAGGUGCUCUAUGGAGAUGUCCUCAACAGGUACCCGGAGACCAGGCUGGCAGAGCUCGUUAACUGUCUGGCUGGAGGGUACGAUGCCAUCUUCUCUCUGUGCGAUGAUUACGACCCGGGCAAGAAGGAGUUUUACUUUGACCGCGACCCUGACGCCUUCAAGUGUAUCAUUGAGGUCUACUUGUAUGGGGAGGUCCACAUGAAGAAAGGAAUGUGCCCCAUAUGUUUUAAGAACGAAAUGGACUUCUGGAGAGUGGACUUGGACUUGUUGGAUGACUGUUGCAAGAGUCAUCUGAACGAGAAGAACGAGGAGCUGGAUGAGAUAGCCAAGAGAGUGCAGACCAUUCUGGAGGAUCAAGGAGGGGACACCUCGGAAAGUAAAUGGAAAAGGUUCCAGAAAUGUCUUUGGAAGUUUAUGGAGAAGCCAGAAUCCUCUUUCCCAGCCAGAAUCACCGCUAUUCUGUCUUUUCUCUUCAUCUUAAUCUCCUCUGUUGUCUUGUGCAUAGGGACAAUACCAGAGAUGCAAGUGGAGGACUUGCAGGGCAACCAUGUGGAGCACCCGACUCUGGAUAACAUUGAGACAGUCUGUAUAGGGUGGUUCAGCUUGGAGUACCUACUGAGGCUGAUCUCAUCACCCAACAAGCUCCAUUUUGCCCUCUCCUUCAUGAACAUCAUUGAUGUCCUGGCCAUUCUCCCCUUCUAUGUCAGCAUUGUCUUGACUCACCUAGGAGCCAGCAUUAUGGGGCUCACUAAUGUCCAGCAGGCUAUCCAGGCUCUCAGAAUUAUGAGGAUUGCCAGGAUCUUUAAGCUAGCUCGUCAUUCCUCAGGGCUGCAGACCCUAACCUAUGCCCUUAAGAGUAGUUUUAAGGAGCUUGGACUACUAUUAAUGUAUUUAGCUGUGGGGAUUUUUGUCUUCUCAGCCUUGGGAUAUACCAUGGAACAGAGUCAUCCUGACACCCUAUUUAAAAGCAUCCCCCAGUCUUUCUGGUGGGCAAUCAUCACUAUGACCACCGUUGGCUAUGGAGACAUCUACCCUAAAACCACCCUGGGAAAACUCAAUGCAGCCACGAGUUUCCUCUGUGGUGUGAUUGCCAUUGCCCUCCCAAUCCACCCCAUCAUCAACAAUUUUGUGAAGUAUUACAACAAGCAGAGGGUAUUGGAGACAGCUACUAAACACGAACUGGAACUUAUGGAACUUCAUUCCAAUGGCGGGUAUAUGGGUGCUUAUGGAAGUUCUAAGGAGCUGUCUGAAGGCAGAGGACUAUCAGUCAGAAAUCACAUGAAGGUUUCUCACAGUGAUACAUUCAUCCAGGCUUUGACGGAGGACAAACACCACAGAACGAGGCUUCAGAGCUGCAAGUAAACUUGACUUUCCUCAUCAGCUUACCCCUGACUCUAAAAUAAUGCAGCAGUGGUUAAAAAAAAACCCUUUUCAAGGGUUCUGGUGACUAGUAGGUGACAUUUCUAAUACAGCAAAUAAUAUCAGGUGGAAUAGUUUUCCAGAACUAAUAAAAAUGACUUUUACCAAACUGCCAGAUUUUCCUGUGAAAAGACCUUUAUAAGUGUCAGUGAUGUGGUAUGUACAGUUGUUGUCUGUAAAUUAUUUAAAUAAAAGGAAAUGUGUUGCUA